UGUCUACCUACCUGUAGUCUAUCAUCCUCACCUACCUCCAAACCAUCCUAUCCUACCAAUGCCCCCAGAGCAAUUAAACUCGCCCGAUUACAUAAACCCCAUCCCCACAACCCCCCCAAAAUGGCGUCAACCAAUCUCGACCGCCUGAAAACCAAGCUAGCUACCAAAGCCUGGAUUUGAGAUCUGACAACCACCACCCGAGCUGAACUAUCGAAGCAUCUCCCCUCAUCAAUAUAGAUAGACUAGAUAGCUCACCCACCAUGCCCGACAAAGACGCAGGUACCCCUAGAGUUUUCCUCUACCGCCACGGCGAAACCGAAUGGUCCAAAUCCGGCCGCUACACCGGCACCUCCGAGAUCGAGCUCACCGCGGCCGGGAUCUCGCAGGUGACGGCGUCAGGCAAGAUCCUCGUGGGCGCGGGCAAGCUGAUCGACCCGACACGCAAACUGGCGCGGGUGUUCAUCAGCCCGCGGCGGCGGGCGGCGCACACCUUUGAGCUGGCGUUCGCGGAAGCGGACAAGCAGGCUCUGCGCGACGGCGGGAAGGUGCAGGCGAAUGACGAGCGACUCGCCGAGUGGGGGUACGGGUUGUAUGAGGGGCUGUUGACGAAGGAGAUUCGGGCGUUGCGGAAGGAGCAUGGGUUGGAUGGGGAGCGGGAGUGGGAUAUUUGGCGGGAUGGGUGUGAGGGCGGCGAGUCCCCCGCUGCUGUGACGGCGAGAAUUGACAGUCUCAUUGCGGAGAUCCGUGCGAUUCAUGCGGGGAAUAUGCAUGGCGAGGGCCCGGCGGAUGUCGUGCUCAUUGCUCAUGGGCAUACCCUGCGUGCGUUCACGAAGCGCUGGCUGGGCUAUCCGAUGGAGUUCCCGCUGUCGAUGAUGUUGGAGCCGGGUGCGGUGGGCGUCUUGAGUUAUCAGCAUCAUAGCAUUGAUGAGCCGGCCUUUUUGGUGGGUUAUGGGUUCCCCUUGGAGGAGUGAGCCGACCUUGUUGUGGUGGGUUAUAGGUUCCCCUUGGAGCAGUGAAGCUGCUCUUCGUGUUUAAGAACUUUGUUGUUGUCGAUUAGGUACUGCACGGGCUAGAGCUGUGUGGUACAGAGAAUCGGUUCAAACUGUUUGUCUGGGAGAUACAUGUAGAUUGGAUUCCGGGCUUACCACUCAAACAAAGAUAGAUAUAGAUGGGACUGGCAAAUGACAUAGCACCUUGUCAGCACAAAUGAUGUUAGGUUUGGUAUACCUCGGAACUUGGGAAGUACUUCUUCCCAGGUCUAGCUUAGUAGAGGCCCGC